AUGUCAAACAGCGGACGCGGUCGAGGUGGAUUAUUCCAGCGCGGUGGUCGAGGUGGUCGAGGCGGGGGGUUAAUAGGGUCAGCGGUCCGUGGCGUAGCAGGCGGGAUCGGGCUCAUGUCGGAGAGCGUUAGCUCUUACAAAGAGAAGAGAGCAGCGGAAAAAAACCCCGCAUCCUCAGAGUCCCAAUCAAGCGGCACUGUUGUCGAAAACGAGCCGCCAUCGAACUAUAAGCCUCAGCCAAGCCAGUAUGAGGACUCGACUGAAAGACAAUGGGAGCUCGACGAAACACAAUCCGAGCUACUCUCAAGUCCCCAUGACGGUGCUGACACCGCUCAACAGACUCAAGUUGACAAGGAUCUUGUGGCCAGUUUCUUGAGAGUGCAUGGCUCUUCAACUGGUCGAACCAAUGCUCAAUUGGAAUUGCCGGUCAUUCUCGCGCAGCGGAGACCAAAGGAUCGAACCCGUGGCUUUGUUCGGGGAUAUGCUCCGAUGCUUGAGACAGUCGGUAUUGACCAAGCGGCAUGGCUAGACUUUCUAGAUAAAUUCGAUCAGUCUACUCGAGCCUCACCUUGGAUCGAGGUCAUCAAUUUUGCAGAGUUCGGCGGUUUCUUUGUACCGAUUGCGCCAAGCAUCGCCAUCAGUGCAGCCGUGUACAAGACAAUUGAGGUUGCGAAAGAUGUCCAAGGCAGACAAAGGUCAAACAAGUUCAUUUCUCAGAUGAAUGAGCAAUACUUCUAUCCCAAGGGCUUAUGCUGUCUGAUCAUGACCUGGCGACCCGAUUCCGGGACGUCUCACGAGGUUGUUGACCUGACAUCAACAGUCGCUUCUUCCAUUGGAUCGUAUGACUCUUCAUUCACCAACAAGUUCAAAACCUCCAGCGGAAAGACCUAUGGUGAUUUUGCUCUCCCCGAGGCUGCCCCUCUCAUCUUUCCGACCCUCGAUGUCCUUGCUGAGGCUGAUAGUGAAGAAUCGAAGGGUCUGAAGCAGAGCCUGGGUGAGAAGAGAGCAUACAUCCAGGAUUACUAUGACAAGAGAGCCCAGGCUCAGUUCGCGCUCAAUAGACCGGAUAACCUCUUGGCCAACCAGCAAGAAGCUCCAAAAUUCUCUUCACGAUAUGCUGAUCCCAGCCAUCCUUCCAACAAUGGCUCCUUGAUCUCCCUACUCACUGGCGGAUAUGUCGACCCAACGAAGCUUCGCCGAGGCUUGAGGGGCCAAGCACCAAAGGGCCAGAACCAAGGACAAGCCAGUGGAGCACGGAGUGAUAGACAGCCCGGUCUGCCGCUGCCUUACAAGCCGGUCAAAGCGGCAAGGAAAUUUCUUUUUAACAAGGACAUUUUGUAUUUAAUGGUCGUUAAUAUGCCCAGCGAGGAUGAGCUCCGGGAGGCCAAGACUGCAUUGGACCGCAGAUAA